CUCAGCCUCUCGUCUCUGGUUACUGGCAGAAGCAGUAAGUCUUUGAUCUCUGAGCUGUUCGUUUUGCCAGCUCGGAGCCACCAGAGGCUCCAAGAGGAGGGAGAGGGAGUGGAAAGUGUCUUUGCUUUCCUUCUGCAGGGGAUGUGCCCUGGGGUUUGCUGGCAGAGGCAGUAACCUGGCCGGAGCUGCUGAGACAUCAGUGGACCUGCGACUGCCGGGACUGCCCUGGUCCCAUCAGCGCUCGCUGCCAUCCGCCAGCAGAGCCAGUCUUUGGGAGCUCUGGAGAAAGGCUCAGCCACGCUUUGAGACAGGAGGCUCAGCGCACAGCCUCCUGAGAGACCAGACACAGGGUGUCUAUGUUCGGCCCAGAGAGGGGAGAAGACGCUACUGGAAAUGACAGUUGGACUGCUGUGGCUCAUUGCUCUUUACCCUGUGACUGAGGGCACCAAAGGCUUCCUGCAGCAAAAAAACCAUGACAACCAAGCAAAAGGAGAUGUCGGUCUGGUUGAGAAAAGGCAUCCAGCCCAGGAGUACGAGAUCCUGCUUCAGAUGACAUACAGGGAUCCUGGGGAGAAGAGAGAACUGAAAAGAUUUCUGAAGCAUUUGAAAUCUCCAUCACCAUGCUUACGCGGGCCCAGCGAGAUCAUCAGAGUGAAGGCCACCACAUACUGCAGAAGCUUGAAGGGGUUCCCGGAGUGUGCCUGUGAGGACAGCUAUAUGUGGUUUCCUCCCUCCUGUCUUGACCCCCAGAACUGCUACCUUAAUACAACUGGACCCCUCCCCAGCUGUAACUGCCCUCUUGAAGACCUCAGCCAGAGUGUUAACUUCUGUGAGAGAGCAAAGGUUUGGGGCACUUUUAAAAUUAAUGGAGCUUUUAUCAAAGACCUUUGGAAUUCCUCUUCUGCUGUAUACGCCUACUACAAAACUGAAAUUGAAAAUCAACUUAAAGAAGCAUACAGAGGAAUCCAUGGUUUUGAGUCAGUUCAGGUCACGCAAUUUCGAGAGGGAAGCAUCAUUGUGGGCUAUGAAGUAACCGGCUCCAGUAGCACAGCUGAGCUCCUGUCUGCCCUGGAGCAGGUGGCAGAAGAGGCACUGACGGCCCUGAAAAGGCGGUUCCCGGUCGAAGACGGCUCCCUCCGAGUGUUCGGGAAAGUCCAGUGUAACAGCGUCUCCUUUGGAUUCGGGUCUGAGGAUGACGAAUAUACUCUACCCUGUAGCAGCGGCUUCCUUGGAAACAUCACCGUCAGAUGCCGGCACUCUGGGUGGCAGGUCACCAAGGAGUACUGCGUGCUCUCUCAGCUAGCAGAACUGGAGAAGAAUUUCAGUAUGAUGUCAGGCAAUGUCACAGAGGCAGACGUGUCAUCUCUGGUGCAAAACCUUUCUGCCAUCGUUCAGCAAAGCCCGUCCACCACGGCUGGGAAUCUGGCUUCUGUGGUGUCGCUCCUGAGGAGCGUGUCAUCCCUGUCGCUGGAGAACUCUUUAACAGUGUCUAAUCUGACCCUGCAGAAUGUCAUCAACAUAGCCGAUCACAUCCUGGAUUCGGCCUCCAUAGCUAGCUGGACGAUUUUAUCCCAAGAAGACAGGAGCACCAGCUCCCAGCUGCUGGAAGCUCUGGAAAUCACCAGCAUUCUGGUACCUCCCAGUGAUCUGCCUCUUCAUUUUUCUCGACCAUUCAUCGACUGGAAAGGGAUUCCAGUGACCCAGAUCCAAAGCACACAGGGUUACAACUAUCAGAUGGAAAUGAGACAGCAAAAUGCCCCUCAGCCCAUCCAAGGUCACGUGCUUAUCAAACCAGACCAAUUCCAGAGACCCCAUCCAAAGGCUAUUAUCAGCAUGGCCUCCUUGACCCUUGGGAGCAUUCUACCCAUCACCCACAAAGGAAGUGUACAGAUCAACGGGCCCGUGAUAUCCACUCUGAUCCAAAACUAUGCCAUCAGUGAAAUUUUCCUGAACCUUUCCAAGAUCAAGGGAAACCUGAGCCAGCCUCACUGUGUGUUUUGGGAUUUUAGUCACUUGCAGUGGAGCGACGCCGGCUGCCAGCUCGUUACCGACGCUGUAGACACAGUCCUGUGCCGGUGUACGCACCUGACGGCCUUCUCCAUGCUCAUGUCGCCCCUUGUGCCCUCCUCGGUGGUCCCCGUGGUGAAAUGGAUCACGUACAUAGGACUGGGCAUCUCCAUUGCGAGUCUAAUCUUAUGCCUGCUCAUCGAGGUUCUGUUUUGGAAGCAAACCAAGAAAAGCCCAACCUCCUACACACGCCACGUUUGCCUGGUGAACACCUCCCUGUCCCUCUUCAUCGCUGAUGUCUGGUUUCUCGUUGCUGCCAGCGUGGACCCCGCCGCCAGCGCGUCUGGCAUCUGUGUAGCCGCGGUCUUCUUCACCCACCUCUUCUACCUCGCUUUGUUCUUCUGGAUGCUUGCGCUCGGCAUCCUGCUGGCUUACCGCCUCGUCUUCGUGUUCCAUCACCUAGCUAUGCCCACCAUGAUGGCUAUAGGGUUCUGCCUGGGCUAUGGGUGCCCUCUCCUUAUAUCCAUCAUCACCGUUGCAGUCACCCAGCCUAGCAACAGCUACCGAAGGAACAACGUGUGUUGGCUCAACUGGUCGGGCGAGAGCAAACCUCUCUUGGCGUUCGUUGUUCCUGCAUUGACUAUUGUGGCUGUGAACUUGGCUGUGGUGCUGCUGGUCCUGAGGAAACUCUGGAGGCCAGCGGUUGGAGACAGACUGAGUCGGGACGACAAGGUCAUCGCCAUCCGCAUGGGAAAGAGCCUCCUCGUUCUGACCCCGCUGCUAGGGCUCACCUGGGGCUUCGGGAUAGGAACAAUGGUGGACAGCCAGAACCUGGCUUGGCACAUUCUUUUUGCUUUACUUAAUGCUUUCCAGGGAUUUUUCAUCUUCUGUUUUGGAAUUCUCUUGGAUAAUAAGCUGCGGCAACUUCUGUCGGACAAGUUGACUCCAUUAAGUUCCUGGAAGCAAACAUCAAAGCAAAACUCCUCGGAUAUAGUUACCAAGUCUAAAGGCUUAAAGCCGUUCAGCGUAUUGCAACACAAAGGCGCGUAUGCCCUUUCUCACACUGGAGAUUCGUCCAAUGAGAUCACAUUAACCCAGUUUCUAUCAACGGAAUAAAGAUCAACGGAGUCGUAAUCAAGGACGAGAUCUUCAGAGCCACCUGGCGGAGGAGACACGCAGGGAAUCAGAGGAGAUUUUUGUGGCUUAGGAGCCUGAGGACAAAAGUGGUCACGCUGGGGCUGGAGAUAUGGACCAGUGGUUACGAGUACUUGUUCUUGCAGAGGACCUGGACUCAGUUCCGUCACCCACCUGGGGGACCUCAACCAUCUCUUCCAGGGGAUCUGCUGCCCUCUUCUGACUUCUGUGAGCACUGCAUACAUGUGGUGCAUAGACAUCCAUGCAAGCAAAAUAUUCAUACACGAAAUAAAUAAACCUUUUUAAAAAACAGCAAAAAACCAAGUGGCUCCAGUGGUUUAACCCUGGCUCCUUUAUCCCAAAUUAAACAGAGAUGAGAUUAAUUACUAAAUGGGCUAAGAAGUAUCUCACAUUGUUGGUCCAGAAGACAGGACAGUGACCGAAAAAGCCCCUGACCAUUUUCUCCAGCUGUGAGGGAAAAUAGAAACACCAGUAAUACAACACCAUGCAUUUACUAGACUACCUGAACAAACAAUCCAACCCUCACCCCAGGUGCAGCGCAUAAUUCGACUCAUCCUGAACCCUAGGCAAGCAAGAUGGUCUGUAGAAAGAGAGCAGAUCUGUUGUCUUAGGGGUCAGGUGGUGAGUUAUACAGACUAGGGAAGGAGCUUAUGCAUGUCUUAAUUGUAAUAAUGACUUGUCCUUGUAACCACCCAUCAAAACAUGCUGCACACCACAUGCAGACAAUACAUGAAGUUCAUUGUCAAGAAGGCUUUUAAAGGCAAAAAGAUGGACUAGGUACAGGGCAGAGCAGUGAAGUUGGCUCAAACUCAAUUUAGGAAAAGAUCAUGAGCUAGGUGGCGGUGGCACACAACUUUAAUCCCAGGAUCAGGAGGCAGAAGCAGGAGGAUCCCUAA